CCUCUUGAUGAUGAUAAAUCAAUUAGCAUCUCUGUGUGUAUGAGGCCAUUCUUUUGUAUCUUCUAAUGAUGCAGCUCCUAUAUUCAUUUGCGUUAGUAUUGAUAUUGAUUCUUUAUUCCAGUCCUGCCGCCUGUAAGGCUUUGGAUUGCCAAUUACAGGAAUUCAGAAAGGUUGCAUUCACAUAUACCGUUGAUAAAUCAGGCAAGGGAAACUUCACAACAAUUCAAAGCGCCAUCAAUUCAGUUCCUGAAGGGAACACUCAGUGGCUAUGCAUCCAGAUUUCUCCAGAAAAAUAUAGGGAAAAAGUUACAAUUCCUGAGAACAAACCUUGCAUUUUUCUCAAAGGGGCAGGCAGGAAGUUGACAAUUAUUGAAUGGGGAGAUCAUGAAACUACAAACACAAGCGCUACCUUCAGUUCCUAUUCCGAUAACAUCAUAGCAAAAGGGAUUACAUUCAAGAAUACUUAUAAUCUACUACAAAAGCCAGAUAGGGUGGACUGGAAACAAGCUGUGUCGGCUAGAAUAAGAGGAGAUAAGUGUGCUUUCUAUCGUUGUGCCUUUCUGGGGGUACAAGAUACGCUGUGGGACGAGAAGGGCCGCCAUUUGUUCAAAAAAUGUUUCAUUGAAGGUGCUGUGGAUUUCAUUUUUGGCAAAGCCAAAUCUGUGUACGAGAGAUGCUUAAUAUAUGUUAAUAUAGGAAGAUACGAGCCAGAACUAGAAGGAUAUAUAACAGCACAAAAGAAAGAAUUGACAGACCAUGAAAGUGGGUUUGUGUUCAAAGAUUCAGAAAUUAAUGGGACCGGUAAAGCUUAUCUUGGAAGAGCAUGGGGACCUUAUUCUACUGUGAUCAUCCAGAACACAACUCUAUCGGAUGUUGUAGUGCCUCAAGGCUGGAAUGCUUGGGACUACGUACAGCAGGAAGAAAAUUUUACGUACGUGGAGGUUGAUAAUAAAGGAGCAGGAGCGAACACUUCCAAUAGGGUACCAUGGUUGAAGAAGCUUAAUGCUGAUGAGCUUAGCAAAUUUCUGAGCAUGUCAUUCAUCGAUUCAGAUGGGUGGCUUGCUAAGUUACCCAAUACCUCCUAGGGAUUUUCUUUUUCUUCUUUUCCAUUUUUACUCAAAUUUCAUUCAUUGUAACAACUCACAGCUGAUACUAUUACAGAGUAGUAUCAGUGAAAACUUUUGACCUUUUUAUGUGUUAUAGAGUCGAUCACUCAUCAACUGACUAAUACUA